AUGACUUUGGGGAAGAGCCGGCAGCCACACGGUGCCAGAUGCAGGAAUAAGAAAGACCGCGUCUACACGGCGGCAGCACCCUGCAGCACAGGUCCCCAGCCUGCUGAAUGCGACCCAAUCCCCGGAUAUUCAGGGUCCCCGCCCAGCAGCCCCUGGGCCUCCCCUCCCCUGCCCCCCUGGUCGGACACUGAGCUUCGGGCUGGCGUAGGCGCAGGUGGCACGCGGGGCAGCAUCUGGGAGGCUCUGCCAGCUCAGGACGUGGCAGCCCGCGAGUGCCAGGGCAACUGCUGUGACCCGUUUCUGGCAGAAUCAGCGAAGACUGCUCUCAGUAAAGCACUUCUGGCCCCACUGCUGGCCCAGGUCUGCAGCGCAGCGCACCACACUCCUGCCGGGCUGGAGCAGGCACCUGACUCUUCUUGCUCUACGCCACCUCGGCUCCCCUGUCCCCGCGCUGUCUCCUGGUCCCCCUCUGCCCACCCCAUCUCCCCAUUUCCUAUGGUGCUUGACCCCCAGGGGCUGCAGUCUUUGGGGGUUUUUCUUUCUGAGGUUGUGACUCCUUCAAAGCUUCGCACUGGAAGCCACAGAGCCCGACUUUGGGCUGGGAAGCCAGAGCCCCCCUUCCCCCGGCUCCCACCCAGCGGGAGGAGACGGCACAGGGGAGCUGAGCGUGAGUGGGCAGGUGUGGCCGGCCCGGCCACAGCCCAGGCUCCAGAGUCACCGGAGCAGGGGUGGCCUCACCAUGCUGGGUCCAAGUCAGGUCCUGCGGGUGACCUGCUGGGUUGCCUUGGCACCGGAUUGGCACUGUGUAAACGGGCAGCGCCAGCUUCGCCAGCGGGGCUCCUGGGUGAGCAAAAGCAGCCUGGGAGGGAGCCUGCGGGCGAGCUGGGCCGGCCACCGAGUUACCCAUCAGUUCACCUUCGUGCAACCUGCUUGCUCUCAGGGCCUCUCUUCGAGGGCUGCUCGAAUGCCAAGCUGUCAGCGGAGGUGGAGCCGUUCGUCCCCCAGAAGAAGACCCCGGACCCAUUCAUGAUCCCCAUGGUGCUCCCCAGCGACACUGGAAGUGUUUCUGGUGUAGAACCAGCUCCGAUCCCCAGCUACCUGAUUACGUGUUACCCAUUCGUUCACGAAAACCAGUCCAAUAGGCAGUUUCCUGUGUACGGGAAUGACCUCCGAUGGCAGCAGCCCAGCCCCAGCCCUGCCGGACCGUACCUCGCCUACCCCAUCCUGUCUGCUCAGCCACCCGUCUCUGCGGAGUACACGUAUUACCAGCUAAUGCCCGCGCCCUGCGCCCAGGUCAUGGGUUUCUACCACCCUUUCCCUGCGCCCUACUCUGGCACUUUCCAGGCCGCGACCUCCGUCAGCACUGUGGCCACAGAGUGCUCGGAGCGUCCAGGCCAGCUCGGCCAGGCCUUCCCACUGUCCACGCAUCGCAGCAGGAACAGCAGCCGGGGACCAGUCCUGCCCAAACAACAGCUUUUACAACAGCACAUAAAAAGCAAAAGGCCACUGGUGAAAAACGUAGCUACUCAGAAAGAAACUCACGCAGCAGGUCCUGAUAAUCGGUCCAAAAUUGUGCUUCUGGUGGACGCAUCUCAGCAGACUGAUUUCCCGACAGACAUCGCUAACAAGUCCCUCUCAGAGAGCACCACCGCCGUGCUGUGGAAGUCCAAGGGUAGGAGGAGGAGAGCGUCCCACCCCGCGGCCGAGUCCUCCAGCGAGCAGGGCGCCAGCGAGGCCGACAUCGACAGUGACAGCGGCUACUGCAGCCCCAAGCACAGCAACCAGCCUGCAGCGGGGGCCUUGAGAAACCCUGAGCCCGGGACCACGAGUCACGUGGAGUCAUCGGCAUGUGCAGGUGGUGUAAAUUGGUCCAAUGUAACUUGCCAGGCAACUCAGAAAAAACCUUGGAUGGAAAAAAGUCAGACAUUUUCUAGAGGUGGAAGGCAAACUGAACAAAAAAAUAAUUCACAGGUUGGAUUCAGAUGCCGAGGACACAGUACUUCCUCAGAAAGAAGACAGAAUUUGCAAAAGAGACAAGACAAUAAGCACUUAAACCCUAGUCAAUCCCAUAGAAGUGACCCAAAUUCUGAGUCUUUAUAUUUUGAGGAUGAAGAUGGGUUUCAAGACCUGAACGAGAACGGCAGUGCUAAGGAUGAGAAUAUCCAACAGAAACUCUCUUCGAAAGUAUUGGACGAUUUACCUGAAAACUCUCCGAUCAGUAUCGUUCAGACUCCGAUUCCCAUCACCACCUCUGUCCCUAAACGUGCGAAAAGUCAGAAGAAGAAAGCUUUGGCUGCAGCUCUUGCCACAGCUCAAGAAUAUUCAGAAAUAAGUAUGGAGCAAAAAAAAUUACAGGAGGCCUUAUCGAAAGCAGCUGGGAAAAAGAACAAAACCCCGGUGCAGCUGGAUUUAGGGGACAUGUUAGCAGCUCUGGAGAAACAGCAGCAGGCAAUGAAGGCCCGGCAGAUCACCAACACCAGACCUCUGUCCUGCACGGUGGUUGCUACAGCUUCUUUUCACACUAAAGACUCUGCUACCAAAAAACCUUUAACCAAAACUCAGCCCUGCUUGACGUCCUUUAGUUCUUUGGACAUUACUUCCUCUAAAGCAAAAAAAGGAAAAGAGAAGGAAAUGGCAAAGCUAAAACGACCCACAGCACUUAAAAAGGUUAUUUUGAAGGAGAGAGAGGAAAAGAAGGGCCGCUUAGCUGUGGACCACAGCCUGCUGGGACCCGAGGAGCCUACAGAAGCGCCUUUGGAUUUGAUGGACGACUCUCCGCAGGAGGUCCCCUCCCAGGAAGAUAACGGCCUGAGCAUGCCCAGUGACACCUCGCUGUCUCCCGCGAGUCAGAACUCUCCGUACUGCAUGACGCCGGUGUCCCAGGGCUCGCCUGCAAGUUCCGGGAUAGGCAGCCCGAUGGCGUCGUCCACAAUCACCAAGAUCCACAGCAAAAGAUUCAGAGAGUACUGUAACCAGGUUCUCUCCAAAGAGAUCGAUGAGUGUGUGACGCUCCUCCUGCAGGAGCUGGUCAGCUUCCAGGAGCGCAUCUACCAGAAGGACCCCACGCGGGCCAAGGCCCGGCGCCGGCUGGUGAUGGGGCUGCGGGAGGUCACCAAGCACAUGAAGCUGAGCAAGAUCAAGUGCGUCAUCAUCUCUCCCAACUGCGAGAAGAUUCAGUCCAAAGGUGGCCUGGACGAGGCGCUGUACAAUGUGAUAGCCAUGGCACGGGAACAGGAGAUCCCUUUCGUGUUCGCGCUUGGAAGAAAAGCUCUGGGGCGCUGCGUGAACAAGCUGGUUCCUGUCAGUGUAGUGGGGAUCUUCAACUACUUUGGCGCUGAGAGCCUGUUUAACCAGUUGGUGGAGCUCACGGAGGAGGCCCGGAAGGCCUACAAGGACAUGGUGGCGGCCAUGGAGCAGGAGCAGGCCGAGGAGGCCCUGAGGAGCGUGAAGAGGGCGCCGCACCACAUGGGCCACUCCCGGAACCCGUCCGCGGCCAGCGCCAUCUCCUUCUGCAGCGUGAUCUCCGAGCCCAUCUCUGAGGUUAACGAGAAGGAGUACGAGACAAAUUGGAGAAGCAUGGUGGAGACCUCAGAUGGGCUGGAGACGUCGGAAAACGAGAAGGAGGCUUCUGGCCAGCCGCGCACUUUGGGAAAGCCUGGCCCCGCGGGGAAGCAAAAGUUAGUUGUUCGGGGCAUCUUUGAGAACGAGCUGGAGACAGGGCCAGAGAACCGUGUGGAAGGCCGAGGGAACAGGUCCUCGGGACGGAGCAGGUCGGUGCCGCAGGCUCAGGCUCGCACCCGGACCCGGACCCGGACCCGCUCUCACUCACCUCGGCCGGGCUCUGUGCACGGUCUGUGCGCGGAGAGGCAGGGCAGUGACUGCCAGAAGCGGGCUCCUCCUGGUAUUCUCUGCGCACUUCUGGCCCGGGACUCUGAGACGCAGGUUUGGCGGGAGUCCACACUUGUCCCGACUGCAAAGCUGUUCCAUCUCUUCCACAUACGCAUUUCGUGCCCAGCCUUGGGUGCCUUCCACGCCAGUGACCGUAGUUACUGA